CUUGCUUGUCUAAAUCUCCUCACAAAGAGUCAAAAUCACUUUUACGCAAAACUACUUCUUCUUCUUCCCUUCGUUUAGAAGACGAAAACACUUUUCAACGCCGAGUUCAACACACAAAGCGUGUCUCUGUGUCUUGCCGUGUAGCGAUGGGAAGAGCACCUUGCUGCGACAAGAAUGGGCUCAAGAAAGGGCCAUGGACGCCUGAGGAAGAUCUCAAGCUCAUCCACCAUAUUCAGACUCAUGGACCCGGUAACUGGAGGACCCUUCCCAAGAGCGCCGGGCUUCAAAGAUGUGGGAAGAGUUGUCGUCUUCGCUGGACUAACUAUCUGAGACCUGACAUCAAGAGAGGAAGGUUUUCUUUCGAGGAAGAAGAGAGCAUCAUCCAAUUGCACAGCAUCUUGGGCAACAAGUGGUCGGCUAUAGCUGCUCGUUUGCCCGGGAGAACUGACAACGAGAUCAAGAACUACUGGAACACCCAUAUUAGGAAGAGACUCCUCCGGAACGGGAUUGAUCCAGUGACUCACGCCCCUCGCCUCGAUUUUCUCGACCUCUCCUCGCUUCUCAGCUCGUCUCUAUGCAACCCUUCUCUCAUCAACAUGGCCAACUUGUUGAAAACGCAAGCCCUGUUGAACCCGGAGCUCUUGAGGCUUGCUUCGACCAUAUUGUCGCUCAAAAAUGAAAACCCAGAUCUGUUCUCACAAAAUAAUCUGCAGGAGAACCAAGUCUCUGAUCCGAAUGCUUUCCCGUUGUCACAUUCCAAUCAAUUUCAAGUUCAAGCUCAAUCUCAAGCUCAACAAGUUCCGGCUUGCACCCCUUCGAGCGUUCCUUGCGGUCCGCUUGUGGACCAAGCACAACUUGGACAGGCCAAUGUGGGAGAUUUCACCUCGAACUUGCCGAGUAAUUUCAGCUGUUCAAACACCGGACAAAUUAUCGUGCCUCCGAUGGUAAGUCAAGAUUUGGUGUCGCAGCCGCAUUAUAUCCAGUGCAAUUCGAGUCCGGCUAGCCCCGCAUCGUUGGAAAAGCUGUGUCACUUCCACCCAAACAUCGGCGACGACCAGAACUUCGGGUUCGACUUGAUCAUGUCGGCGCCGUUGUCCAGUACGACCCCACUGAAUUCAUCGUCCACAUUCAUGAACGGCAGCCCCGAGGAGGAGAGAGAGAGCUACUCCAGCAACUUCUUGAAGUUUGAACUUCCGGAGGGUUUGGACAUCAACGACUUCAUGUGAAUACACGCCUUGCAAUGAUCAUUUAGUGCGGAAUAAUAAAGUGGACGAAGUAGGACCUCUCUUUGUGGCUUUUCUCUGUUUUUUUCUUCUUCAUUUGCCCUUUGUUUCUGGUGAGGCUUUGGUAUGUAUCUUCGUUAGCUGUCAAAAUAUAUGGAAUUCUUUGUAUGCCUGUGCAGAGAAUAAGACUUCUAUCAUCUUUCA